AUGAGCUGUAGUUCUCGCAUGAGGGCACCGAGGCAGCCUAGACAGCAACACCCCCUCUGCCUCUUCAUACGGCGCUUGCCGCACGAUAUAACGCACGUGAAGCUCAAGGCUGUGUUGCGGGAGCGGGGUGGGUGUGGCGAGGUGGAGGACGUGGUCGAUCUUUAUGUUCUUCGCGGGUUCGCGCGCCACGGUGACCGCCCUUACGUUCCUUCCACCGCCGUCGUCUCCCUGCGACCGGCGCAGGAUGGCGACGACAACGCGACCAAACGCGUGGCUCAGGCGAUAAAAGACAUCUUCGAUGGCCGUGUAGUAUUUGACGAGGACGACGAUGCCCCCGACGCUAUGGCGUCGACGGUGGAGUGGGCACCGGCGUGUUUUAACGUCUUCCCGCCCCUCAGACGGGGUUCGAGUGGGAAGAAACGGGGGAAGCCAGCGGCGGUGGAGUGGCGUCCAGGCACUAUCGAGGACGAUGAGCAUUACAAACGCUUCUGCGCCGGGCUAGACAAGCCGUCGUCCGAGGCGAGUGAGGACCAGACGGAGGAGCUCGGCGGUGAGCCGAAGGUGGAAGCGGCACCGAGGUCGCUUCUUGUGCAGGGGCUCCUCGCCGAGUGUGGGCAUCUGAAGAAGGUGAAGGCGACCGGGACGCGAAGGAAGCGGAAGGAGGAAGCAGCGGCGAAGGCAGCGGGUAUGACGAAGUCGAAGGCAAAGACGAAGCCGACGAAGAAAGUUAGGAAGGAAGUGGCGCAGCCCGAAAAGAGGACGGUGCUAAGGAACCCGCUUCGCGAGAGCGCACGGGAGGAGCGUGCGACCGUGGCGCCGAAGAAUUCCAAGACGGAGAGGAAGAAGUUGCGUGCUCCGCGAAUACUGCGCCCGGAAGGAGGCGGUGACGCGCUGGUGGAGGCCGGCUGCCCCGGCUUCGAGCCCAAGAAGGCACGACGUCAGAAGCAAAGGCCAGAGACGAAAAAGGAGCGGCUGCGGAGGAGGAAGCCGAGGGGGAAGGAGGAGCCGGCUGCAGUGGAGGCGAGUCCCGAUCGCGGCAAAGUGAAUGCGCGUCGUAGCAGGAGAGUAAAGAACCGCCGUAAGACAGACGGAGAGAAGGGGAUUGAGCCGCCUGGCGCAGAAGCGUUGGAAAGAGAGGAGGCAGAGGGGAAAGGGCGGAGUCAAGAGCAGUCAAAGAACGGAGGACGGGAACGGGAGGAAAACGAACAACAGAAGGCACGGGGGAAAAGAAAAAGAGAUCGACGGAGCAAAAAUCGUGCACGGGAGAAGGAAAAACACAAGAAAGCCGCCGCCUCACCAGCAUCCAUCGAAGUCGAUGCGGAGGACAAGGGCAAAGGCGUUGCCCUCCCGCGGGGACCACACGUAGACCCGUCUGGAGAGAGGGAGUUGGAGCAACAUUCAGGCCCCACCGCCGUCCCUGCACGAGGAUCUCCUCCCGACCCUAGAGCUGGGGAGGGAGGAGGAGGGGGAGGAGGACGAGGAGGAAAAGCUUCUCGCCGCGAAAGAGGCAGGAAGAGGCCAUCAGAUCAGGGAACCAAACAAACACCGCAGGUUCGCACUUUGCUCAAGCGGUCGGAUGAGGCCAUUGUGGUUUCUUCAAGUGACCGACACUGA